AUGGAGAAAGCGAAGAAGCUUGCACUCCAGGGGGGACCCAGUUGCAGCGGUCCUCCUGCCUGCAGCCUGAGGCGCAAACCUGUGGACCCAGGACCCGGACCUGCUCACCGCCCAGCCACUUGCUCGGUCGCCUCGGAUUCGGGGCUCAGGGGUCCCUCGCCAGGCUCCGCCCCUCGAGACCCCCAAGAUCUCCGCCGAGGCAGGCGGCUUCAACCGAGUCCCCGGGGCGCUAAGAAACGCGGGUGGGGCGCCAACGGCCAGAACGCGUCCCGGGCCACGCCGGGACCGCCUGAAAGCCGAGCCCGCGCCGACCGAGCCUGGGCCGGAUGGGCGCUGCGGACGGGGCCGCGGACCGCCGAGCGGCCGUCGCACUGGUUUUCUCUUGCCCCAGUGUGUGGACACCACCACACACCCUACAGACCAGCAACGGCUCUUGCGUGUAUGUUCCAGUGUUUCUUCUGUCAGAGAGUCGGACAGAGCCAUAGGUCCUCCAGUGCUGGCCCGGAGCUGAGGGACGAGCGCCCAGCAGACAUGGUGAAAAUGACCAAGUCCAAAACUUUCCAAGCUUAUCUGCCACAUUGUCACAGAACUUACAGCUGUAUCCACUGCAGAGCCCAUCUGGCCAAUCAUGAUGAGCUCAUCUCCAAGUCCUUCCAGGGCAGCCAGGGGCGAGCCUACCUCUUCAACUCCGUGGUGAAUGUGGGCUGUGGCCCUGCUGAGGAGAGGGUCCUUCUGACCGGGCUGCAUGCAGUGGCCGACAUCUACUGUGAGAACUGCAAGACCACGCUCGGGUGGAAAUACGAACAUGCCUUUGAGAGCAGUCAGAAAUACAAAGAAGGAAAAUUUAUUAUUGAACUUGCCCACAUGAUCAAAGACAAUGGCUGGGAAUAGAGCGAAGCCCCCACUCCUGUCUGCAUACAUUUUAUCAACGCUAAGUGUGACGAAGACCUAGCUUCUGGUGACAAUACUUCUGGAACUUUAACCUCACAGGCCAGCCCAGCUCAACACCUGAAGGCCUCUCUAGACUGUUCACUGGGUAAGGUGCCCCCAUCCGAGCCCCUUCGUGUUCACUGUUGUUUCUGGAAGUUCGCAUUCUUUUUCUAACUUCUCACAUUCUAGAGAAAGAAUUAAGCAACUACU